GCAGCCAUCAUGAAGGGUACAGUCUUGAUCUGCUGUUUCCUCUCCCUGCUGCUUUUGCAGGCCACAGCAGAAGAAGAAGAAGGAGGAGAUGAUUUCAUCUCCGUCCUCAGGGACAGAUCUCACAUCGACGAGACGCUGCGACUUGCAGCUGAGGAAAAAGCAGGAGACUAUGCAGCGGCUCUACAGAAGCUGCGAAACAUCUACCACACAUCCAUCAAGCCGAUGGAGCAGGCCUACAAGUACAACGAGCUGAGGCAGCACGAGAUCUCAGCCUACCCCGGACGAACCCUGGGGGACUCAGCCACAGAUGGAGAGAUUACUUCCAAGCCCAUGGUGCUGUUCCUGGGACCCUGGAGUGUAGGAAAGUCCUCCAUGAUCAAUUACCUCCUGGGCAUGCACGACAGCCCCUAUCAGCUCUACACAGGCGCUGAGCCUACUACCUCUGAGUUCACUGUAAUUAUGCACGGGGAGAAGAUCCGCUCUGUUGAGGGUAUCGUUAUGGCAGCAGACAGCUCUCGGUCCUUCUCACCCUUGGAGAAGUUUGGCCAAAACUUCCUGGAAAAACUGAUCGGUAUUGAGAUGCCCCACAAGCUGCUGGAACGUGUGACUUUUGUGGACACGCCAGGAAUCAUUGAGAAUCGGAAGCAGCAGGAAAGAGGCUAUCCCUUCAAUGAUGUUUGCCAGUGGUUCAUUGACCGUGCUGACCUGAUCUUUGUGGUGUUUGACCCCACCAAGCUGGACGUUGGCCUGGAGCUGGAGAUGCUCUUCCGGCAGUUGAAGGGUCGUGAAUCCCAGAUCCGCAUCAUCCUAAACAAGGCUGACAGCCUGGCCACCCAGGACUUAAUGAGAGUCUACGGAGCGCUCUUUUGGAGCUUAGCUCCCCUCAUCAAUGUUACUGAACCCCCUCGCGUCUAUGUAAGCUCCUUCUGGCCAUAUGAUUAUGCACCUGACACCAGCCGUGAUCUCUUCAAGCGAGAGGAGAUCUCCCUCCUGGAAGAUCUGAACCAGGUGAUUGAAAACCGCAUGGAGAACAAAAUCGCCUUCAUCCGCCAGCAUGGCAUCCGCGUGCGCAUCCAUGGCCUGCUGGUAGAUCGCUACGUCCAGACCUUUAAAGAGAAGAUGAGCUUCUUCAGUGACCCUGAACUCGUCUUCAAGGAGAUUGUUGAUGACCCAGACAAGUUCUACAUUUUCAAAUCCAUCCUUGCCAAGACCAACGUCAGCAAGUUUGACCUGCCCAACCGCGAUGCUUACCGUGACUUCUUUGGCAUCAACCCGGUCACCAACUUCAAGCCCCUGACGGCUCAGUGCUCCUACAUUGGAGGCUGUCUGCUGGAUAAGAUUGAGAAGGCAAUCACCAAUGAGCUGCCCGCACUUUUGAGCAGCAUUAACUCUGGUAAGCAGCCUGGCCUGUCCUCCUGCGAGGCUACUGGCUGUGGCGAGAAGCCAAAGAAUCGCUACCGGAAGAACUGAGGAAAACAAAAUAACUUGAGUGGGGGAAGUAAGAAGAGAAGGGGUCUGGUGGAAGCCAACCCUGCUUUUGACAGAACGCCUGUAUUGUUGAGGAGUCAGAGGAGAGGAGAUUAGUGUUUGUUUGUUUUUUUCUCAGGAGAAUAUAGGGAGGUUCAUUUAGGGACUGUGGGAGUGAGGCUGAUAGAGGGAGGGAAGGGUCAUUGUUUUGAAAAGGCAGCUUAAGGACACAAGUGCUGAAGAAAUGAGAACACACCGCUGAUCACUGAGUUUUAUUAAAAUACAUGCCCUCCUCUCUCACUCGCACGAUCACAGUGGACUGUCUGGGAAUUUGGAGUUGAUGUGAAGAAAUACAGCAAUGAAAAAAAAGCAAAAUCAAAUAAAAAUUGAAAAUCCUGAGACUGAAAACAGUCAAAUACCAGCUCCCUUGUAUGUGAAUAAAACAGGAAAAAGUGGAAACAGGAGUUGCAAAUUUGUGUUGUAAAAUCUUGCAUUGCAGAAAGUCGAUUCCAUAAGCUUCAGAAGCUGACUUUGAAGUAGCCUUUUUGUGGGUGCUAUACAAAGCCUUCGUGUUUGUCAUCCAAGCCUUUGCUUUUGACCUAGAUUAACAAUUUACAUUGCAUGUUAGAUCUUAUUUAACAGAUGCAUGCAUUUCCUGCUAACAUGAAGUUAAGUAAUAUUUCCAUAUGUAACUGAAACCUGAAGAGACCCUGACAUGCAACAAUUUUUUUCUUAGUUUUAUAUGCUCAGUCCUUGUUGUUGACAACUUGUGAAAUGAGCACUGUGAUGGAAGCAGAGGUCAGGGUUCAAGGGUCAGAGUCUUCAGAGCGGGGUGGGUAUGUUCAUUCUGCUUCACCUCUUAACUGUUCUUACUGUUUCUGUUUGCGUCUAUAAAUUUGCCAGCCUUUGGCAGGAAUUCAAUACUGUGUUAUGAUUUUUUUUCCUGCGAUCGAUAAGCUUCCCAGCUUCUUUUUUAGCUGAAUGACCAUAAAAAAAUAGCACAUGAAGGAUGUGUUUGGAUUAUAGCUGUCUAUAGCCAUUUCUUCUGCAGGAUAGAAAGCUAUUUAUUGAUUUUUCAGUGUAAACUCUCCGAAUGGGCAUUGAAGUAGGCUGUGUAUGUGUACUGAAUACCCCUUGCUAUAAUAUUCUGCAAACAUCCACUGUAAAAUUGUGCAAGUGGAUCACUGUAAUUGUGGAUUUCCUUGCUUGCAAAAAGUGGGAUGGAAGUAGAAGCAAAGUGGAGGACUCAUGAGUUGACCCCUGACCUCUGUGGAAAGAAGUAAGCCCCAAAUACUGACCUUUACAUUCAACGAUUUUGCAGUGAUACAUGUUGUAGCUGCAUGUUCUUAUGUACGCCUACCUCAGUGAACUUUCCAGGAGUAUGGCAUUGUAAAGUUGCUUAAAGGAGCAGUCUGUAAGAUUUAGGGGAAUGUAGUGGCAUCCAGCAGUGAGGAUUGCAUAUUCCAAGCUAAAAGGAGGUUUUUUUUACCAGGGACUGAAUCAUACGCAGAGGUCUUCCUCUCUAAAACAAACAGACUUGGUGAUUUAAACUGGUAAAAACACUGAGUAAAGCAGUUUUGUAUUAAAAUCAGUGCUUUUCCAAUGAUGUUUAGCUGCUGCAGAUGGGUCGUUAGCCCAGCUUUUUACCCAGGUUUUUACCACAAGCCUAGUUAGACACAAAGGUCUCUUGCUCUCCAAAACAAACAAACACCAUGAUUUAAACUGGUAAUAAUAAUAAUAAUAAUAAUUUAAAAAAUGCUUUACACAAGUGUUUGAUUUUAGAGCCAGUGUUUGGAGCUAUUGUUUGGUUUGUUUGUUCUGGGCUAACACAGAAACAUUGUGGUGUAACAUGGCAGACUGUGCAUGAGGACCCACUCCCUAUGUUGAUAUAAAUGGCUCAUUCUAAGGUAACAAAAACACAAUGAUUCUUAUUUACAGGUGAUUUAUACACAAAAGCAAACAUAGUUAGUUAUUAUAUUUUGUUCCAUUUCCACCAAUAUAGGCUAUCCUCCUAAAUCCUACACAUUGGACCUUUAAAAAUAGGUUGACAUCUUGGGAAAUAAAUACACUGGGCUGUUUUUUGGCUAACUUUCUGGAAACCUGUUGUUAUCAUGGGUUGCUAGGCAACCGGCGGAGACUCAAGGAAGUUCCUGCGGCUAGCCAAGAAAUAGUCCGGUACAUAACGUGUCCUAGAACUUCAGCCGUGUCGCUUUUUCACUGCGGUUUUUGUACGGAUUGAGCAAAGGACAUAUCGUGUGCUAAUUACGGGGACCUGGAGGUGCAGGUAGGCGGACAUUGUUACCUUUAGACAGACUCUUUGCUCCAGUUUCCAGUCUUAGCUCAACUAAGCUAAGCUAACAGGCUGCUGGCUCAGCUGGCUAAUGUUACAUAUUUCAUAGUGCCGCAUAUUCAUUAAAGUGCUAUCAAAAUAACAAGCUAUUGCUUUAAAUACAGUCCUUAGACAUGACAGGACAAGUAAGACUUACUUAUAACUGGACUUUAGUUUCGGUUUGCGCGAUAUCAGAUUUUCACUGCACGUUUAUCGUUGUCAAAAGGGUUCAUGAUAACAACAUAAUCACGAUAUCUAUGGAGAAUUUGUAUAUAAUGGAAAUAAGCACCUAAUCACAAUAAUGCUAUCACUCAAAUUUAUCUUAAACUUUGUUUACUGUGCGUUUUUUCUCUUUCUCGGCAAAUAAAUUACACUCAAAAUACAUGUGUAGGGAGUCGGAGUGAGAGACUGUAAUCAUAACUGUUCAAAAUUGUACAAAAAAACCCCAACAAAAUCCCUAAAUCUUUAGUAAAAAGGCAUGCAGAUGGCUUUCGGUGAGGUAAACAAAGCCAGAACAGAAAGAAACAGAUAUUGUUUAAGAGGUCCUGGGUUAUUUACACGUGUAUGAUAAACAUGAUAUCAAUAUGUCAUUUCUAAAAUAUCACAGUUAUCAUCAAUACCGGUGUAUCAUGACACUGCUACUUCCAAUGAGUUCAUCCCGGGCAAAUGCACUUCCAGUUCCCUCUGUGUCCUCUCUUACUAAACCCACAGUGAGGAGUGUUUUCCCAGCUAAAAUCUGAAGAAUAAUGAAAAAGAAAACUAACAUUUGCAUAAUUUCCUCUGUUUUUUGAGUGUGAGUGCUCCACUGGAUGUGUUUAGCAUGUUUACACUGCAGAUCCAGAAAAUGCCCACUAGAGAGUGCUGUGUAAAAGUGUAAAAAGUUAUACAGACCACUAACUACCACUCAUUAUGGCAACAGUGUAUGCUGACAAAGCUAAUGACGUGUGGUUGAGCUUUUGGUAUAUUUCAGCAUCAGUUAUCUUAAUUUACCUGUGAAUUAGAUCUGGAAUGGAUGUGUGUCCCAUUAAAGUAGUUGUUGAUUAACUUUUUUUGUUUUGGUAUAAAAUUUAUAUUAAUCUUGGCACAAUUUUGGAAGCUUGGUUAUCAAGAAUAAAGAUUUCUGAUUGA